UUCUCAUUGCCCACCUACUCUUGUUCACUUCUAUCUUCAUACACGAAUUAAGCCAAGGACACCUAGCCCUGAUCUCUUCCAUUGGCAUUAACAGAAAAUAUCAACACCGGCAACCCGCAUGAAAAAACCCACAAUGUUGCCGGCAACCAUGUCCGAGAUGUGGGCAACAAUGGGCUCUACCAUAGCCAGCUUCAUGUUCGUGUGGGCAAUCAUUCGCCAAUACUGUCCUUACGAGCUUCGCCGUUUCUUUGAAAAGCAUACGCACCAACUCACCGGCUCUUUCUAUCCCUACAUUCGGAUUUCCUUCCACGAGUUCACCGGAGAUCGGCUCAAGUGCAGCGAAGCUUAUGCCGCUGUUGAGGCUUAUCUCAGCACCAACUCUUCAAAGAGCGCUAAAAGACUCAAAGCUGAGAUGGGCAAAGACAGCAGCAACCUGGUUUUGAGCAUGGAUGAGUACGAGAGAGUGACGGACGAGUUUCGUGGCGUAAAAGUUUGGUGGGUGUCGAGCAAAGUUGCGUCGCCACCGACGCGGUCCAUGUCGUACUAUCCCGAGCAGGAGAAGAGGCUGUACAAGCUCACGUUUCAUCGGAAGUACCGACAGACGAUCACGGAGUCGUACUUGGAACAUGUUGUGAGGGAAGGGAAGGAGAUUAGGGUGAGAAACAGGCAGAGGAAGCUCUACACGAAUAGUCCUGGCUACAAGUGGCCGAGCUACAAGCAGACGAUGUGGAGUCACAUCGUGUUUGAGCAUCCGGCAACAUUUGAAACAAUGGCGAUGGAGCCGGAGAAGAAACAGGAGAUCAUUGAAGAUUUGCUGACUUUCAGCAAGAGCAAGGACUUCUAUAAAAAGAUCGGGAAGGCGUGGAAAAGGGGUUAUCUUCUUUAUGGGCCGCCGGGGACGGGGAAGUCGACGAUGAUUGCAGCAAUGGCGAACUUGUUGAACUAUGAUGUUUAUGAUCUCGAGCUCACAGCAGUGAAAGAGAACACGGAGCUGAGGAAGCUUUUGAUCGAGACAACGAGUAAGUCCAUCAUUGUGAUUGAGGACAUCGAUUGCUCACUUGAUCUUACUGGUCAGAGGAAGAAGAAAGAAGAGAAAUCUUCUGAUGAUGAGAUUGAGAGGUUGAACAAGGAGAUUGCUAAGAGAGAAGGGAAGGAAGAGGGGGCAAGCAGCAGUAAAGUCACUCUUUCUGGGCUGCUGAAUUUCAUUGAUGGACUCUGGUCUGCUUGUGGGGGAGAAAGGCUGAUUGUUUUUACAACAAAUUAUGUGGAGAAACUGGAUCCAGCACUCAUAAGGAGAGGUAGAAUGGACAAGCAUAUUGAGCUGUCUUACUGCAGUUUUGAGGGGUUCAAGGUUCUUGCAAAGAAUUACUUGGAUGUUGAAAUGCAUCCCAUGUUUGAUACCAUUCAGAGAUUGAUGGAGAAGACGAAGAUCACACCUGCUGAUGUUGCGGAGAAUCUUAUGCCCAAGUCCCCAAGGGAUGAUGCAGAGAAAUGUCUGUCGAGCUUAAUACAGGCUCUUGAGGAAGCGAAUGAAGAAGUAGAAAAGAAGAAUGAUGAAGAUUUGGGAGAGAACGAUCCAACCAUAGAAGGCUCUGUUCUGUCUCAGGUUGACAAAUAAACUGAAAAAUCAUCCUGAACCAGAGAUGCGGCCAUGUUUUUUGGAAUUAAUUUUUGUUCAAAAAAAUUCGGAGGGCAACUGCCAAUUUGAUGAUGGGGUUUAUUCUCUUGUAGAAACUCAUGCGAAUCUGUUUGCAUGCCAAAAACUCCAAAUAGAACCCUGAGAAAUUAGAGCAAAACGACAGUUUUAUAUGGCCA